CACUAAUGAAAUUUACAGAUUUGGCUAAAUCAACUCUUCUAUUUUAUUUUUUAAAAGAAGAGAUUGAAUUCUAGGGGUGAAUUUUAAUCUUUUCCAGAAACUAAUUAAUAAUAAUAAAUUACCAUCGAGCUUCAUGCUAUGAACAUUUAUGGAAAAUGAUUUAUUGGGAUAAUUGCAUGCGCAGGAAUGUGUCUUUAUAUAAUUAAAAAAAUUUAUAUCACUUAUCAAAAAAACUUAUAUUACUAACUAAUGAAGUUCUGAGUUUUUUAAAUAUAAAAAAAUUAAUAAAUUUCAUAUUUGAAGCUGAUGAAUAUUUUUCUUCCUUUAUGUUUUUAGUAGUAACAUGAGAGUAUAAUAAUUAUUUUAUUUUUUAAAAUCAUGCGCCCCCACCCAACACCUCCUCCAUUCAAAUAAUCAAAUUAAGAACAUGGAUGAUAGACAAACCAAUGAAAAUGCUAUGGACAUUUACUAGUCUUAUUGUAGGGUACGUUAUGGGUAAUUUUUUGGAUUAACGAUUAUAAAAACUUGGGUAUAUAUAUAUUUUUUUGAUAAGUAAUAAGAUAUUUUGUUGAUAUGAAAACAGGCAUAGCCCAUGUACACUAGAAGUAUACAUGUGAAUACAUCUAUUUAGGAACUAGAAACAGUUAAAAGGAAGUCAUGGAAGCUGAGACCAAAACUUGGGUAUAUUUUCUAAGCAUUUAUCCUUCAUUUUGCUCAUUCAUGGAGUUGUAUUUAGUGUCUGAUUGGGAUUGUGUUAGGAAAUAGAGAUUUUCAGAAUAGUGUUUUUAAUUGUAGAGCUUUUGAAUAAAGCUUUACUAUUAAAAAGUUGUUUACUGUUUGGUAAACAUGCAUCUAAAGCACUUUUAAAAUUAGUUAUGAUUGUUUUUAAAAAAUGUAGAGUUAUCUGCAUGAGCUUUUCAAUAAAAAGCUUCAAUUUGGGGCUUGUUAAAAAAGUGGACUAGCUUUUUUAGGUGCUUAAAAGCACUUUUUGCAGAUUUACCAAACAUACAAUUUUUUCUUUAAAAAUUCUUUAAGGCUACUAAAAGAACUUUUUAAGCUUCCAAACUCAAACCCAAACAGGCACUUAGUACCUCUGAGAAAUAUAAUUAGGGCGGUUCCACUGGACAGAAGAAUCUCGGUUUGCCAAGCUUGAUGAGCGAUGCACUCUUGAACAGCGAUUAUAUCUUUGCAUUUGAACUUCUAUAAUUAUAUACAUGCAACACUUAGUUCUUCUCUUUAUCCAAUGUGUUCCGUCACAACGACAAUGAAUGAGAAACAUGCCUGGUCUGGGUUGUUUCAAUGAAGGUGGAGGUUAGGUUUGUUACAAUUAAGUCUUUGCGUAUUAUAUCUAUUACAUUAUUCCCUAACUUAAUCAAAGGAGAGAAAAGAACACAAAAACCUUGAGUGUGAACCUUAUCUUGUUUUAUAAUUGGAUGAUCCAUUGGCAUUCUUUUGUAAUAAUGAAUUGAUCUAAAUUGAUCAUGCAAUUGGUGCUUGACAACAGUUGCAUGAGUUAUGUAUCAUUUAGACAAAAGAAAUAAAUCAGGAUCUCCUAAUUGAACAUUCUUUAUCCAAAUGGGCAUUUAUAAUGGACAGAUAGCAUUCUCAAGAACCAUGCCACUUCAUGUAUGGUGCUUCAUAAGAUCAAAGCUUAUGAAGAUCUUGGUACAAGUACCUGAAUGUUGGGAAGAAAUUGGUAUAUUAACAUUGUUAGUUUAGUUGCAUGUUUUUUCCCCAUACUAUUCUACUGUUGGGGGCAGUGUCAUUCCUUCAGAAUACAUUAUUUCAUAAUUUUUAACUGAACUUUAUCAGGUUCAGUAGUGGGUGGAGGGCAGGGAGAGUGGAUGGGUCAUGGUGCCUUCAUGCCCCUUUCUCUCUCUGUCAAUGCUAUUAUGGCAGCCAUUUUCCAAUAAUAACUCAAAUCUAUUUUGAAAGUCACAGAAUUGCGUAUCAGACUAGGAUAAUGGAGAGUGGAUCUCUAACUUGUGCUUUGAUUUAGUUGGAAUCCUUCAUUUACUUUCUUCUUUACCCCCUGAAAUCUCACCCCCCCUUGACAUGUGGAUGUAUGUUUCGGCAGCAUUUGCAUGCUUGUUUGGUCACAUAACAAAUGUCUCUGGUACUAUGACAAGUGGUCUCGAGCUACACCAUGGAUUAUUUCAUAUAGAGUAAUGCUAGAUACAGUCGUCGAGUGCGCAAGCGCUGCGCAAUCGUUUUGAAAAAGAGUAGGGUCUACUAUUAAAAAAUUAGAUUUUUUUUUCAUGUGGGUCCCGUAUUUACUCAUUUCUUUUCAAAAAGAUUGCACGGCGCUUACGCACUCACAACUACAAAUAGCAUUUAUCUUUCAUAUAUUGUGGGUCCAUGUCUGGACACAUUGGUUUGUUUGCUUGUUGGCAAAGUUGUAAGGUCAACUCACUUAUUGCGGAUGUUUCAAGAAUGAUUCCUCCAUGCAUCACUAGGUGCCUAUGGAUUGAAAGGAAUGGUUGAAGUUUUGAAGAUAAAGAGCGUUCUCUGGAUGAGCUUAAAAGUUUCUUCUUCCAUACUUUAUUUCUUUGGGCCUCAUCUUGUGUUUUUAAUGGAGCUUGUGUAUAUGAUUUUGUUGUAUCACUUUCUAGCUCCUAAUUUUGUUACUAGGUUUAUGUUGUUUGUAAACUUCUUGUGUACUUGGGCUAUGCCUAUUUACUUUCAAUAAAAUGUUUUUUUACUUGUAAAAAAAAAUGUCUGGGCACAUUGGUUUUUCAGUAUUAAUUUCUAAGAACUUUUCUCGUUGUGAUUGAUUUGUAUAUAUAACACUACACGUGUCUAUGCAUAUUGCACAUGUGGGACAGAGGUGUGCUCUAAAGUUAGGUCUAGCUUUGUCUGCUCUUGUUUAUUUGUCAGCAUACUAUUUUUUAUAUAUGUCUGACACUUUCAUUGGGCUGAGAUUUAUCUGAACAGAGGUGAGUUGGGCCAUAAUCGGUGAGAUCAGUGCAUCAUAUGGCAUCCCAAAUCUCAGUCUAAAAUCAUGGAAGUGCUUCCUUGUUCUGGUGUCCAAUAUGUUGGAGAAUCUGAUUGCUCUCAGCAGAGUUCAGGAACGGGAUUUACUUAUGGCGGUGAAUCUAACUGCCUUGAACAUGGAAAGCAUGUUCAAGCGGCCGAUGGUAGACAGGAUGACUUAUUGCUAAAUGUUGAAGGGGCCCAAAUAUCAAAACAAGGUGAAUUUCAAGGCACAUUUGAUGAAUUGCCUACUUCAGAAGGUCACUGUUGUGAAGGUUCACAUUGUGAUUGUCAGUUGGAUUGUCAAAAUCUAUCUUGUGGUUCCCAUGAUUUUGAAGACUAUGAUGUAAAUGGAUCGAAUUAUCAAUUGGAACCUUGCACAGUCUCUGAGAACUCUCAUAUAGUUGUGCAUACUAUUGAAGGUGAAUUACCAAACAACAGGGAGGAGUCUGCUCUUUCAGAGCCCACUUGGUUAGAGGGUGAUGAAUCAGUGGCAUUGUGGGUCAAGUGGAGAGGGAAGUGGCAGGCAGGAAUCAGAUGUUCGAGAGCUGACUGGCCAUUGGCAACUUUAAAAGCAAAACCGACACAUGACCGAAAGAAAUAUUUUGUGGUAUUUUUUCCGCACACAAGGAAUUAUUCUUGGGCAGAUAUGCUACUUGUCCGUUCUAUUAAGGAAUUUCCACAGCCUAUUGCAUAUAAGACACAUAAAGUAGGAUUAAAAAUGGUUAAAGAUUUAACUGUUGCUCGCCGGUUUAUCAUGCAAAAGCUAGCUGUUGGCAUGCUGAAUAUUGUCGACCAAUUUCAUGCUGAGGCCUUGAUAGAGACUGCUCGUGAUGUAAGUAUCUGGAAGGAGUUUGCUAUGGAGGCUUCCCGUUGUAGUGGUUACUCUGAACUUGGAAGAAUGCUUCUGAAGCUGCAGAAGAUGAUACUUCAGCAAUACAUGAAGUCAAACUGGCAAUGUGAUUCUUUUCACUCUUGGGCACAAAGCUGUGAGAAUGCAAAUAGUGCUGAAUCCAUUGAAAUGCUGAAGGAGGAUUUGUUUGAUUCUAUUUUGUGGAAUGAAGUCAACUCUCUCUGGGAUUCACCAGUACAGCCCACAUUGGGUUCUGAGUGGAAAACCUGGAAGCAUGAAGUUAUGAAAUGGUUUUCGACAUCUCAUCCUGUAUUCAGUGCUGGAGACAUGCAGCAGCAGGCAAGUGAUGGUCUCUUGACCACUAGUCUCCAACUUAGCAGGAAGAGACCAAAGCUUGAAGUUCGUCGUGCAGAGCCACAUGCUUCCCAGGUGGAAACAUUUGGAUCUGAUCAAGCAGUAACUCUUGAGAUUGACUCUGCAUAUUUUAGCAGUCGAGACACUGUAAAUGCUACUACAUCGGCAUUGGAACCCUGUAAAGAGGAUGAUAUAAAGGAGGUAGCUGCUCCUACAGAUACACCUAGUCGUGUGGCUGAUAAAUGGGAUGGCAUCAUAGUUGAACCUGGAAAUUCUGAGUUAAUUCAAACCAAAGAUGUGGAAUUGACGCCUGUAAAUGAAGUGGCGGCUGCAAAAUCUUUAGAACCUGGAAGUAAAAACCGGCAAUGCAUAGCUUUUAUUGAAGCUAAGGGAAGGCAAUGUGUGAGGUGGGCCAAUGAUGGUGAUGUUUACUGUUGUGUGCAUUUGUCUUCUCGGUUCAUAGGCAGCUCUGCUAGAGCAGAAAGAACUCCUCCGGUUGGUACACCGAUGUGUGAAGGUACCACUGUUCUUGGUACCAGAUGUAAGCACCGGUCUCUAUUCGGCUCCUCAUUCUGUAAGAAACACAGGCCUCGAAAUGAGAUGAAAGGGACAUCAAAUUUUCCAGAGACGCAUAAGAGAAAGCAUGAGAACUUUCCCAGUUUAGAAACCACAGAAUGCAAAGAAUUAGUACAUGUGGGAGAAGUUGAAAGCCCCCUCCAAGUGGAUCCAGUCUCAGUCAUUGCAGUUGAUGCCUUCCAUGGAAGGAACAGUUUAACUGAACAGUCCGAGCAUCCUGGCAAGGAUUGCAAUGGAACAGAGGAGCUGCACUGCAUAAACUACUAUCUGCAUGAUAAUCUCAAUCCAUGUCUGGAAAGCCCAAGGCGCCAUUCAUUAUACUGUGAGAAACACCUACCAAGCUGGCUUAAACGUGCAAGGAAUGGUAAGAAUAGAAUUAUAUCGAAAGAAGUGUUCAUAGAUCUUUUGAGGGACUGUUGCUCACAGGAGCAAAGGAUGCGAUUACACCAAGCAUGUGAACUAUUCUACAAGCUCUUUAAAAGUAUUUUAUCCCUGCGAAAUCCAGUGCCCAAGGAGGUUCAAUUUCAGUGGGCCAUAUCCGAAGCCUCCAAAGAUUUUAGUGUUGGAAAAUUCUUUACGAAGUUAGUUUGCAGCGAGAAAGAGAAACUCAGAAGGAUUUGGGGCUUCAGUACUGAUGAAGUCGCUCAAGUUUCCUCCUCUGUCAUAGGAGAAGAGUCACUGUUUCCAAUGGCAGUGGAUGAUAGUCAUGGCGAUGAAACUACCAUUAAGUGCAAAAUUUGCUCGGAGGAGUUUCUUGAUGAUGAAGCACUUGGUGGCCACUGGAUGGACAUUCACAAAAAGGAAGCACAAUGGCUGUUCAGAGGUUAUGCUUGUGCCAUCUGCCUUGAUUCUUUUACUAACAAGAAAGUCCUGGAAACCCAUGUGCAAGAGAGACACCAUGUGCAAUUUGUGGAACAGUGCAUGCUUCUCCAGUGUAUUCCUUGUGGCAACCAUUUUGGGAACACUGAAGAUUUAUGGUUGCAUGUCCUUUCAGUUCAUCCUAUUGAUUUCAGGCUGUCAAAAGCUGGUCAGCCGCAUAAUUUAUCAGCUGGUGAGGAUUCUCCCCAGAAACUUGAGCUCUGUAAUACAGUUCAUGUGGAGAAUAAUUCUGAGAAUUCAGGUGGUUUCCGCAAGUUUAUUUGCAGGUUUUGUGGGUUGAAGUUUGAUUUGCUACCUGAUCUUGGCCGCCACCAUCAAGCUGCCCAUAUGGGACCAAGUUUGGUUAGCUCUCACCCAUCCAAGAAGGGAAUACGUUAUUAUGCUUAUAGGUUAAAAUCAGGUAGACUCAGCCGUCCUAGAUUGAAAAAAGGUCUGGCAGCAGCAUCAUAUAGGAUCAGGAACAGGGCCAAUGCUAGUAUGAAGAGGCGCAUCCAGGCAUCAAAGUCUCAUAGUACAGUAGGAGAAAGUUUACAGCCUCAUGUAACUGAGGCAGCUAGUCUUGGUAGAUUGACAGAAUCCCACUGCUCUGCAGUUGCGAAUAUUUUGUUUUCUGAAUCUCAGAAAGCAAAACCUCGGCCCAACAACCAUGAUAUUUUAUCUACCGCUCGUUCUGCUUGCUGCAAGGUCAGUCUUGUAGCAUCCCUGGAGGGUAAGUAUGGUGUAUUACCAGAACAUUUGUAUCUGAAGGCAGCCAAGCUCUGCAGUGAGCAUAACAUUCAAGUUGACUGGCACCAAGAGGGGUUUAUAUGUCCCAGAGGUUGUAAGGCGUUCAAGGACCCAUAUUUGCUGUCUCCACUGUUGCCUUUUCCCCUUAGGUCUGUGGGGUACAAGGCUGUGCAUCAAUCAGGUCCAGUGAACGAUGAGUGGGAGGUGGAUGAGUGCCACUAUAUCAUUGAUUCACGCCAUUUGGGACAGAAGUCCAUGCAAAAGGCAGCUGUCUUGUGUGAUGAUAUUAGCUUUGGGAAGGAACCAGUUUCAGUGGCCUGUGUUGCAGAUGAGGGUCUCUUGGAUUCUGUUCACAUCCUCAGAGAUAGCUCUGAUGGCGAAAAUGCUAUGCCUUGGGAGAGAUUUACCUAUGUUAUGAAGCCAUUCCUUGAUCAUUCCAUUGGUCCUGAUACAGAGAGCUUACAAUUGGGAUGUGCCUGCCCACAUUCAACAUGCUAUCCUGAAGCAUGUGAUCAUGUGUAUCUCUUUGACAAUGACUAUGAUGAGGCAAAAGACAUUUACGGGAAACCCAUGCGUGACAGGUUCCCAUAUGAUGAGAAAGGCCGAAUUAUCUUGGAGGAGGGUUACCUGGUUUAUGAAUGCAAUCAUAUGUGCAGUUGCAGUAGAAAGUGUCCAAAUAGGGUUUUGCAGAAUGGAGUACGAGUGAAGCUGGAGGUCUUCAAAACGGAGAAAAAGGGAUGGGGACUCAGGGCAGGUGAAGCUAUCCUGCGUGGCACAUUUGUAUGUGAGUACAUUGGGGAGAUCUUAGAUGAGCAGGAAGCAAACAAGAGGCGGCACAGGUAUGGGAAAGAAGGCUGCACCUAUCUGUUUGACGUUGGUGCUCAUUUCAAUGACAUGAGCAGAUUAAUUGAAGGACAGGUCCGAUAUGUGAUUGAUGCCACAAAUUAUGGAAAUGUUUCACGGUUUAUCAAUCACAGCUGCUCGCCAAAUCUUGUGAGUUACCAAGUUCUUGUGGAGAGCAUGGAUAGUCAGCAUGCACACAUUGGUCUUUAUGCAAGCCGAGAUAUAGCUUUGGGUGAAGAACUGACAUUCAACUAUCGGUAUGAACUGCUGCCCGGUGAAGGAUAUCCGUGUAACUGUGGAGCUUCCAAUUGCCGAGGACGCCUUUGUUAAAACUUCCAUCGGACCUACUGCUCUCUGCCUGACCAGUCUAGACAAUCCGUGCUUAUAAUUUUAUUGGUGGAGAAGCUGGGAUGGCAAGCAUCAAGCCAGUUUUCAAAUGGCCCAGUCCCCUACCAAUCUUUGUUAGGUUCCCUCUUAACUUCUGAUCCUGCACUCUUUAGUGUCCAACUUUACCGUUUUGUAGAUAUUUACCUAGGCUAAUUUUUUGUCCAACCGGUCCUGCACUAUAUUCUAGAUAUCUUACUUUGAAGAAAUGAGUAUGAAACCUCAUUUUGUUUUUCAUUCUUUUAGUGGAGUUUUUCCCCUUUUUCUCCAAUGCCAAAGUGGCUUGGGUUAGCGAAUUGUAGGUGGUGGUUUCAAUAUUUUAACAGUUGUCUCUCAUGGGAAUGCAUAGAUGGUGAAAGUUCUUAAUUUUAAGUUAGUUGUGGGAAA